AUGGACAUACUGGUUGAACUAGCCCGCGGUAUUGGUUACACAGUCAAUGAUACAACACUUUACAAUACCGACAUUGUCUUCAUCAUUGAUGAAGCUCAGAUGAUAUACUACGACAAUGGUUUUUGGCUUGAUUUUGUCAAAACACAGAGCGGAAGCAGGUUUGGCCCAAGAAUAUGCAUCUUCAGCAGCUAUGGAAGUGCCGAAGCGGGCCCGUCAGAAGCUGCUGUUGGGACUCCGCUCGCCUAUUUGGGUCCGAAGCAGAGAGUCUCGAUCACACCAUCAAAGCUCGAGUUUGCACCAAAAAUAUCUCUCUUUUAUAACCGGGCCGAAUUUGAUGAUGUUGUCAACCGAGCAUGUACUGACCCGAUCCGCCCCCUCAGACUCGAGCUCAGUGCGCGGGACAUCAUAUUCACAAUGACAAAUGGGCAUCCAGGCAGCGUGGAGUCGGUGUUGAACCUUGUUUCCCAAGUCUAUCAUCCUCAACUCAAGCACGGGACGAUAGAGGCUGUUACGCAGGAACACAUUAUGAGCCUCCUUGAAGAUGAAGACCGGCUUUUCCAACAUUUGAAGGACACGCUAGUACAACGAUCUUUUAUCAAAUGGCGUGACCUUACAGUCGAAGCUGCUGAUAUUCUACGUGAAGUACUGGCAAACGGAAGUGUAUCCCAAGACCUUACGAAUAACGGCAUUCGUAUUUGCUAUGAGAAAGGAUGGCUCCACACAGAGCCACUUAGCUGGGAUGACAAGGACAUUCGCUGCGUAUUUCCCACCCAUCUCCAUGCGAAGUAUGCCCAUGAUCCCCAAUUUCACAAUGUCGGGUCAAACUAA